CCGCGGAUACUACAUACUACCACGGAUGGCUUCGACGGUUGCUAGUGACGAUAGUGCCCAGGACAGGAUGCGGGCGGGUUGUGUGUUCUGCGCGAUAGCCAAUGGUAGUGAUCCGGACACGGAGAUCGUGUUCCAAAACGAGCGUAUUUGCAUAUUCAACGACAUUCGACCGUCAUCCGAUUUCCAUUUCCUGGCGGUACCGAAACAUCACGUUGAAAAUGUGAGCUCACUGUCCGCCGCUGAUAAGCCUUUAUUGGAAGAGCUUAAGCGUGAGCUUGUUCGCGUUCUGGAAGGGAAACAGAUCGACCAGAGGGAAGCAUCCUUCGGUUUCCACAUUCCACCAUUUACUAGCAUUAAACACCUUCAUAUGCAUGCGAUAGCUCCAGUCGCGAAGAUGGGCUUUAUUUCCCGAAUGAUUUUUCGACCCAACACAAUGUGGUUCAAAACGGACGAGACUGUGCUGCAAUCGCUGGGGAAAAAUUGACGCUAAAACGCUGACUCCAUUAUUCGAAACAAUUCCCGAAACAUAACACGAAUAAAUCGCUUUCCACAUUGAAGCUGAAUUAAUUA